CUUUGGCCCGGCACCUUCUCCUUGCCUCUUGGGGUCGUGGCCUUGCUCCCACCGCGUGCGAAUCCGGGCACGUCCACGCGUGUGUGGACGCGCGUGGGGGGUCGAGCCGUGCACCGGGGAGGGGUCCGCUCGCGGUUUCUGUGGGGGGCAAAAGCGGGAGCCAUGGGCGGGACCUCCAGCACCCGCCGGGUCACCUUCGAGGCGGAUGAGAAUGAGAACAUCACCGUGGUGAAGGGCAUCCGGCUUUCGGAAAAUGUGAUUGAUCGAAUGAAGGAAACUUCCCCUGGUUCGAAGCCUCCACGCUAUUCGGGUUCCUUUGGUGCCUCAGUUUCAGAGGAAGAGUUGAAAAGAAGAGUCGCUGAGGAGCUGGCAUUGGAGAAAGCCAAGAGAGAAUCUGAAAACCAGAAACGAAUGAAGCAAAGCAAAGAACUGGAUCAACUAACCAGAGCUAUUCUUCGAGAGAGAAUAUCAAGCGAGGAGGAACGUUCCAAGGCAAAAGGCCUGGCCAAGCAGCUGGAAGAGAAGGAUCGGAUGAUAAAGAAGCAGGAUGCGUUCUACAAAGAGCAGCUGGCUAGACUGGAGGAGAGGAACUCAGAGUUCUACAAAGUCACCACUGAGCAGUAUCAGAAGGCUGCUGAAGAGGUGGAAGGAAAGUUCAAGCGCUUUGAGUCUCAUCCCAUCUGCACUGAUCUUCAGGCCCAGAUUCUCCAGUGUUACCGUCAAAACUCCCAGCAGACCCUCAACUGUUCUGCUCUGGCCAGCCAGUACAUGCGCUGUGUCAAUCAUGCCAAACAGCAGGGCAUGCUUGAAAAGGGAGGAUAAAAUCAACUGUUAGAAGAAGCCAAACUCCUGCAUCAUUGAUUCCAGCAGUGAAACCUUUAUUU